AUGGAAGUGCGUCCUUUAAUAGUACUAACAUCUUGUAUCAGCGCUUUGGCAGCCAAUACUGUAGAGGAUAUUUUGAAGAAGUGUCUUGGACGUUUUCGAGAAAGCCGGAUAACAUUUUUUACCAAGUUGCUUGUCUGCUUCUAUGGAUUUGUCAUUGUUGGUCUUGCAUACUUGGCAAAUUCACUAAAGGGCCCCGUAACACAAAUUGGAGCAUCAGUUUUUGGAGCCUGUGGGGGCCCUAUGUUUGGGGUGUUUAUACUUGGGGCGUGCAUCCCCUGGAGCAACAAGUACGGCGCCUUAGGUGGAGGUGGGCUGGCUCUUGUUUUCAACUUGUGGUUGGCCAUUUCAGGACAGAUGUACGGGAGAAAGACCCGACCUUUGACCCCUCCUCCAGUAGAUAACUGCUACACCAACAACUCGAUGUCACUACGCAAUAAUUCAUUUACUUUUGAAAAUAUAACAAAAUCUUAUACUGUAAACAAUAUCACACAUGCCAAAGAUGUACACAGUUAUGGUUUCUUCUUGUACGAUAUCUCGUACGUCUGGUAUGGUUUUAUUGGUUGUUUUUUGGCCUUCAUCUCUGGUGCAUUCAUAAGCAUUUGCUUCAGAAACUACGACCACACCAAACCUGACCCUAGACUCAUUGUGCCCAUGUUUCGUAAAUCUUGGUCCGUGUUGAAACACAAGCCCUAUCCAAAUGACAUCUCGGGAAUAUACGUCAGUAGUAAACUUGAGAAGCUUGAUUCCAAACUUAGUGUAACUACCUUUAUUAGCAAAUAAACCAGCUAGCCCAUGUC